AUGGCAUCUCGGAUCCCCUCGUCAAUUGUUGGAUCUGCGCGUCGCGGUAACAUCUUGAAGAUGUGGCGGCACGCGAUUGCAGUGCGCGUGGGACGCUUUAACGAGGUAGAGCAGUGCGCUGUGCGCUCCCCCCGUGCGUCGCUCGGCUUCUCCCCUCUGCGACCCAAGCCCGUGGCUAAGCCGCCCAGCAAGAAGCCCAGGCCCAGGGAUGUGAUGGGUACCGCUGCUGCUGUGAAGCCCAGAGCGGUGCACAGCGGUCAAGCGACCGUCGCAACUGCUGCAGCGAAAGUCACGCGAGCUAGUAAGGCGACACCAGCUAAGGCGACGCCAGCUGAGGCGACUCCAGCUGAGGCGACGCCAGUUAAGGUGACUCCAGUAAAGGCGACGCCAGCUAAUUCGACGCCAGCUAAGGCGAUUCAAGCCAAGGCGACGCCAGCCAAGCUGUCGCCAGCUAAGGCGACGCCAGUCAAGGCGACGCCAACUUAUGCGAUGCCAGCUAAGGCGACGCCAGUCAAGGCGACGCCAACUUAUGCGAUGCCAGCUAAGGCGACGUCAGCUAAGGCGACGCUAGCAAAGGUGACGCCAGCAACACCAUCUAAGACGGCACCGGCCAAGGCGACACGUGCAAGCCCUACUGCCGCGGUAUCUGAGAUCUAA